CAGCCCGCCCCAGGGGCUGCAAGCGCCGGGCGCCCCAGGCACCCUCGCAGCGGGAGAACAGGGCAGCCGAGAGCCUGGGUUUCUGAGCCUCCCACCCCGCGCGAUCCGGAGGGGAACCUGCCUGUCGGACACUUACUCCGGAGUGAAACUAGAGCGAGGCUGGAUUUCUGCUCCGUUCCUCGCCGCGCAGCGCCGUCCCAGACACCACAAGAACUUGACACCAGCGCGGCUGCGACUCCGCGCUCAGGCUGACUCGCUUGUUGUGGUUUGAAAAAAGUUGAGUCCUGACCCGCGGAAGAAACGGGGAAAGACCCGCCAGCCGCUGCCCUGGGGGAUAAAAAGAAAAAGUAAGACUCGAGCCGAUCGUUACUUUUCCAAAGCUUUUUCGUUGUUGAGUUGCACGUUGCCGUUUUGUAUUGAAAAAGGUGAACUUGCUUUGAACGGGACUUGGCAAGCAAACGAGUUUCUCCCUGCUUAAUUGUAACUGCUUCAAAGACAGUUUGGUGGACUGUGUUCUAUGACUGCAAAGAUGGAACCUACAUUCUACGAUGAUGCCCUAAAUGCUACCUUUGUACAGCCAGAAAGUGGUGGUUAUGGAUAUAAUAACCCUAAAGUCCUGAAGCAGAAUAUGACACUAAAUCUGGCUGAUCCUUCCAGCAACCUGAAGCCCCACCUCAGGAACAAGAAUGCUGAUAUUCUUACCUCCCCAGAUGUUGGUCUCCUGAAGCUGGCAUCUCCUGAACUGGAAAGGCUAAUCAUCCAGUCCAGCAAUGGCUUGAUCACCACUACUCCCACCCCAACACAGUUUCUGUGUCCCAAAAAUGUUACUGAUGAGCAAGAAGGGUUUGCUGAAGGUUUUGUGAGAGCUCUGGCAGAGCUACACAAUCAGAAUACGAUGCCCAGUGUUACAACUGCUGCCCAACCAGUUAGCAGUGGUAUGACACCUGUUUCAUCUAUGGCUGGCAACAAUGGUUUCAACACCAGUUUGCACAGCGAACCUCCAGUGUAUGCUAAUCUCAGCAACUUUAACCCUAGCGCACUCAGCACAGCACCUAACUACAAUGCAAACAACAUGGGCUACCCACCUCAGCAUCACAUUAAUCCACAGAUGCCAGUGCAGCAUCCCAGGCUCCAAGCUCUGAAAGAAGAACCUCAAACUGUACCUGAAAUGCCAGGAGAGACUCCUCCACUGUCCCCCAUUGAUAUGGAGUCACAGGAGAGGAUCAAGGCUGAGAGGAAGCGCAUGAGAAACAGAAUUGCAGCCUCCAAAUGCCGGAAAAGGAAGUUGGAAAGGAUUGCCAGAUUGGAAGAAAAAGUGAAAACUUUGAAAGCCCAGAACUCAGAACUGGCAUCCACUGCCAACAUGCUCAGAGAACAGGUUGCACAGCUUAAGCAGAAGGUCAUGAACCAUGUCAACAGUGGGUGCCAACUAAUGCUAACACAACAGUUGCAAACAUUUUGAAGAUACUGACUUGGGGUGAAAAAUCUAUGAUGUUGCAGUAGAGCAACAGAAAAAACAAACCCAUAACAAGUGGCAGAUUCAUAAAGCUAAUGGUAAAGGCUUGAGAGGCAUUGAGUCCUGCUUGCACCCCACAAAGUACAUGUGUGGAAAGACUGGCGAGCCUUCAACAGAGCUAGUAGCAAAACAGCACCACUCUGAGAAGUGCUGUUCCUGCUCAGAUGAUACAUCAGA